AUGGAGGCCGGGCUGCUAGGUGCUCUCCUGGGCGUCGUCAUAGUGCCUGUGGACACAGCCAUCCAGGACCUGGAUCUGCAGAAGAUUGCAGGAUUCUGGCGGGAAGUUGGUGUGGCCUCCAGCCAAAACUUGGCACUGAAGACCCCAAAGAGGCUGGAAGCCUUGUUCCUGACCUUGAGUGGACGUGAGCUGAUCGUGAAGGCUGCAUAUAACAGCUCAGGAAGUUGUGAGACAGAAAAAAUAGUGAGCUCAGAAAUAGACGUUUCGGGGACAUUCAUUUUUCCUGGCCACAGGGAGAUCCACGUGAUAGACACGGACUAUGAGCAGUAUGCCAUUUUGAGGCUGUCCCUCCAUUGGCAAGGCAAGGACUUCCAUGUGCUCAAAUACUUCACGCGGAGCCUGGAGGACGAGUAUGGACCAGGCUUCUGGAGAUUCCGCGAGUUGACGGCAGACAUAGGGCUUUACCUGGUGGCCCGGCAUGGUGAGCCCCAGGCCUUCUGGGUGGGCGCUGGGCCCGGGACCCCGAGGGUGGGAAGAGGCCCGUCCUGCAGCACCUGA